CCGAAUAGUAGUGGUGACGAUGGAUCCCCAGCAGAUCAUCGAACAUAGAUCCUGGAUGCUACCGCUGGCAGCGGCGUCUGUGCUGUCUGAAAUCUGUGGGCGAAUGGAAUAUAGAAUAAUGAGGAGAAGCGCGAGACUGCUCAAGAUGGAGGCCCCGCGCGAGCACAUGCCACAGUAUUGUUCCGAGGCGUUUCGCAUCAGGACGCAUGCAAUCCACGACAGCUGAGGCUGUCAUCUGUGCUGAUGCGUGGCCACGAAUAGGGUUUGCAUUGCAAGCUGCCCUGGGCACAGCGAGUCCAAGCAUUCUGCGUUGGAAGACAGAUGAAUGGAGACGUGGACAGGCGAGAUGGACGAUCAUCGAGUCAUCAAGCAGGAGUGUCGAAUUGCGUUGUGUCCCGAGACGACGCGAAUCGAGGCUAGGCAGAGGCCACACGGGCACCCCACAACAGACGGCUAGCGAUGUCAACGCGGUGACAAGGCAUAUUACGACGGUGGCUCGUAUGGCAAAACUCGCUUGAGCCCAUCCUCGCCUCCGUCGUUCGCGUAGCGACAUUGACUAGAUUGACCAGCGCCACCUGCGGGUCGAGGUCCUGCAUUGCACAUGGUACAGAACACGGCAUAUCGACAAGACAGAAGGGCGUUGCACGAGUCUAUGAACGUCUGAAUGGAGUCCGCCCUCCCAGCCUGUCACGCUAAUCCUUCCCGCGGUUGUCGUGUUUUAUUAAUUGCCGCCUAGAGCUGACUCGAC